GCUAGUCAACAUGUGGAAACACUGCAAACUAGUUGUCCCUAUCAAUUAAAACAGAAUCCUUUGUCUUUCCAUUGCAUAGUUUGUUAGAUCAAGCGGGACAGGCAAAAUGAUGUUCCCAUGACAAUGCAGCUAGCAAGGAUAUCAACUGCAAUUUGUCCACUGUCGCUGAGGUACAGAUACUAACGUUUGUGUGUCUCAGAAGAAUGUCCACAUUAAGUCAAGGAGACCAUCCUAACACAUUGCUGAUUGAGCCAUUCUAUGGAGGUUCUCACCGUCAGCUUUUGGAUGUUCUGAGUGAGAAUAUCCACGGCUGCCAAGUGUGCACUCUGCCAGCUAAGAAGUGGCACUGGAGGUCCCGUGUAGCUGCUCUCUGGUUCUCUCAAAAUAUACCUGUACGAGAGAGUUACAGAGUUCUGUUUGCCAGUUCUGUCCUCAACCUUGCAGAGUUAGUUGCGUUGAGGCCAGAUCUGGGAAAGCUGCAGAAGAUCCUCUACUUCCAUGAAAACCAGCUGGUGUACCCCGUCAGGAAGGCGAAAAAGGAGAGAGAUUUUCAGUUUGGAUAUAAUCAGAUUUUAUCCUGCCUUGUUGCAGACAAGAUCGUCUUCAAUUCCAAGUUCAACAGGGAUUCUUUCCUCCAGUCCAUAGACACAUAUCUCAAUGUGCUGCCUGACUACAAACCUAAAGGUCUUGCCAAGCAGAUCGAACCAAAAUGUACUGUGCUCUACUUUCCUCUCAAGUUGCCAGUGGUGGUGGUAGAGGAUUCAGGGCUGGAUGAAAGAGUUUCACAUGAAUUGAUAAAGAAAAAAGGAGUAGAUCAAGGCAUCCUUGAUGUUUCUCAUGACUGUGAUAGUAAGAGCAAUUUUGGAAAUAGCCCUGGGCAGGCGGGUAGCCAUAUUGAACUAGAUUCCAGCUCGUCUGGCUAUGGUGACAGACAGGAAGAUGAAAGGAAGAAGCAUGAGGACGGCCAUUUUUCCAGAAAACUCUCAGAGGAACACUUUAAGUCAGAGGGCUCAGAAACCUCAGGUACACCAUUAGAAAGAAGGAACAGUCAAAUUUUUCUACAGAGGUUUCCCAGAGUUAAGGGACAGCCCCUCCACAUUGUGUGGGCACACAGGUGGGAGCAUGACAAAGACCCCGAACUUUUCUUCAACACAGUGUUACAAUUGAAGGAGCAAGGACUGAAGUUUGAGUUGUCUGUUCUGGGGGAGUCCUUCACUGACAAUCCAG